CCGGACCCCAGCUCCCAGACCUGCCGGCCCUGACAUCGGGCGGUGGCUGCGCCCCGGGCGCACGGCCAGCCUCCAUAUUCCUCCUUUCUUCUUCCUGGAGUGGCCGACGAUGACCACCAUGGUCAACGUGGACAGCCUUCCUGAAUUCGAGAAGAGUCAGAUCAAGAGAGCCCUGGAGCUGGGGGCGGUCAUGACUGUGUUCAGCUUCCGCAAGUCCACCCCGGAGCGGAGGACCGUGCAGGUGAUCAUGGAGACACGGCAGGUGGCUUGGAGCAAGACCGCGGACAGGAUCGAGGGUUUCUUGGACAUCAUGGAGAUAAAGGAAAUCUGCCCAGGGAGGAGCUGUAAGGACUUCGAGCGUGCCAAGGCCGUCCAUCACCAAGAGGACUGCUGCUUCACCAUCCUCUAUGGCACCCAGUUCGUCCUCAACACGCUCAGUCUGGCAA